UAAAUAAAAAUAAAUAGUGACACAUGUAUAUUGACAUCAUUAUUAAGAUAAAUUCAUUUUCAUGAAACAAAAAAAUUGUGAUAUAAGAUAUUUCAUUUUCAAAAAAAAAACAAAAAUGCGGAUUCAGUAGUUCGUUUUCGGAUAGUUCGGUUCAGGUAAAAUUUCGCCGAAUUGAACCGUAAAAAAAAUUGGGUAAAAUUUGGUUCUGUUUUUGAGUAGUUCGGUUUUAAAAAAUUUUACCGAAGUUGUUGGUUUUGCGGUUAGUUCGGUUAAAUUUUUUGUUUAAUUUGAAUGAAGUUCAAUUAAUUUCAGUUAUUUCAGUUAGAUUGGUUAUUUCAGUUCAGAUUGGUUAUUUUAUUUGAAUUUAGGUUAGUUUGGUUCUUUUGGCAAUAUUAGUACUGUUUGAAAUAAUUUUUUUUUUUUAGAAAACCAAAUUAACUGAUUACCAAACCAAACCGAAAACCAACACUUUUUUGUUAAUGAAUUUCCGAACCGAACUAACCGAAAACCGGACUUUUCGGUUCGGUUUAGUUAAAAUUUCCAUCCCUACGUACAACUACGAUAAGAAUCAAUGCACAGAUAUGGGAUACUGGAAUUUUAUCCCCAAAGGAGAUGAUAAUAUCCCUUAUGGUAUUAUUCUUUUUCAGCAAAUUAUAAGUGGCUCUUAUUAAAAAGGUUGUCGUCCAAAUUUGGUUUCAUCCAUCACACGAGAUAAGUUAUUAAAUUCAAAGUGCCCAAGAGUAUCGAUCCAUCCUUUCUUAUAACUAUUCUUAUAUAAAAUAUAUAAUCCAUGAUAAAAGUAUAAAAGUUAUCAAAACUCUCCAUGAAGUUUGGUACAUGAGAUGACAUACUGAAUCCCUAAUACGAUAUUCAGAAUUCGUGCAUCAAACCGUUUUCCUUUUUCUUUUCACAUCAAGCAAUGAUUGGACUAACCAUUUUAUAAUGUGAAAUUAACUUAUAAAAAGAAGAGAUAUUGUAAUUCAUCGAAUCAGCAGCUCAGCACAUUCUUUUGGUACACUAUAGCUAAGGCGAAUCUGAUUCAUUGGAGUACAACGACAGGAUGGGGUCUUACUUGUUCAGUCUUCGCGUUCUCUGAAUACCAGUAUACACAUUGUCUUCAAGAUUUCUUUAAACGUUUCAUUAAUUAUUUCUUUCGGGCACACUGUAAUUACGAUUUACUAUUAUACACCAAUUUAAUCUGAUGGCUAAUAAAUGGUUGAACACAGCAUCAGUUUAUCUUGAUUUAUAUUUUAGGACAAUAUUCUAUUAUCUGGUUUGAACCACAUUGUUGGAGGGGGAUUUUACCCUCUUCCAAAUUAAUCAGAUUCAAGAAUUUGUCCCAAUAGACUACAAACUCGAUAAAAAAUAAUAGAUUCACGAAGGUUUAUUCAGAGUUCGGAGAUGGAUAAAUAUACUCACCUGAAUCAUUAACCCAAAACGUAAAAAAAAUCAAAAUUUAAAGAUAAUUUUCAAGACAGGGGAUAGGGAUACUAGUCGAAGACAACACCACCGUUGCGAUUUUUCUCCUAGCACCUAUAAGAGGAUGGUAAAGAAUAUGAGUCGAGCAAAUUUAAUUAAGAUUUAAGAGUAGUAUUAAUCGAGAAUUUUGUUCGAGUCAACUAUUAUAAUCAAAUUCUUAUUCUCGUAUACGGGUUAUUGAAAUUUAAGUUUUACUAUAAAAAAGGAUGGCAAAGAAUAAAGAGAUGGGAUCCAAGCCUCUUGAUAUCAAAAUUUUAUUCAAAUUAUACUCUCAUGUUCACUUAUAUUCUUAUAUCUCAUGUUUAUCAAGUUGUAUAAACUGAUAAAUUUAAUAACAUACACUUUUUUAAUCGAAAUCAUCAAUAUAUAGUUUUUUAUAAUUAGUUUUUAACUUUUUUUUGAUACGUUAGUAUAAACUCUAAACCUAAAUUCUGAGUGAAUUUUAAGAUCCAUCACAUAUAACAUUUUUCAACUAUAGUUGUCGUGACAUUGAUAAAGUUCAACAGAUCGUGGAAUAUUAAAUAAAAAAGUUAACAGAUAAAUGAAGUUUUGAUGAGUAAUUAUAUGAAGUUAAAUUAAUUUUCUAGUUAUAUUUAAAAAUAAAAUAUUGUGAAUGGUAUAAUCAUAUACGUAAUAUGACGGGUACUUUUUGAAUAUUUUGUAACUGUAGUAUAUCUACUGACUUCUGCUACAUUAAAAAAAUAGUAGAAACUAUUAUAUAUGAACGAUUGACUUCUCUAAUCUUUUCUCAUGCCAUCUCCAAUUGUUUGUUCUAUUUUUUAUUCUAGAAUAGACUAACUUUAUAAUAGAGUUUGAGUUAACUCAGAAAAUAGAGUGAUGAACAAACAAAAAACAAGCUAUUCUAUAUUUGGAAUUAAAUUAUUUUCACUUUAUUAUAGAAUGGGAAAUAGAGUACCAUUAGAAUAUUUUUACUGUAAAUUCUAUUUUAGAGGGAAAAAUAUAGUGGAGUUGGAUAUAAUUUCAAAGAACCAUUUAUAUGGACCCCCAAAAACGUAGACCCAUAAGAACAUUAUACUUUUUAUUUAAUAUUUUGAUAGAUAACCUGAAAAAGGAUAAAUACUACCACUUGCGGAAUCUCUCAGCUUUCUUUUCCUCCAUAUAUAAGGAGCCUAUCUUGGCAUUCGUUUGUAUUCGUAACUUAGCAUCAAUCCCUUUUCUCUCUCUUAAUAUCUCCAAAAAAAAAUCCCCUAAAGAAAGUUCAUAAUACAAAAUGGCCUCGAGUUCUAUGAGCUCGUCUUGGACGUCUAAACAAAAUAAGAUGUUCGAGAGGGCUUUAGCCGUUUAUGAUAAAGACACUCCCGACCGUUGGCAAAACGUGGCCAAGGCCGUCGGAAGUAAAUCGGCAGAGGAAGUCAAACGUCACUACGACAUUCUCGUCGAAGAUAUUGAGAACAUCGAACAAGACUUGGUCCCUUUGCCCAAAUACAAGACCAUCGAUGUUGGAAGUAAAUCACGAGGCAUCAAUGAUUUUGAUUUGAGGUUAAUGAAGAAUAUGAGAAUCCAGUGAAGCAAGCAAUACUGCUUUGUAAAGAUUCAGAGGAAUAUAUUCGCUUGCUGAUCACUGUAUCGUUACCUUUUCAUUGUGCUACUUUUUUAUUUGUUUUAUCUUAUUUUCACAUCAAAUGAAUCAGAUUAUGUAGAUAUGAUGGUUUGUUUUUUAUUGAUUGAUUAUUAUGUCUUUUGUCAAUUUUUGUGUGUUUGAUUGAUCAAAUAUAAACUAUUUACAGCGACU